UCUGACAGUUUUCUCACACCUACAUCAUAGCAUGUAAACUCAUGAAAACUUAUAAAAGAGAUUGGUUCGACACGAUUCUGUCAGUAAUUAUUCGUAUCUGCGUUCUCAUACAUGGUGUCCUUGUAUGCAAAGUAUUAAAGUAAGAAGGACGAGGUUAAAACAUUAUAAGGAAUAAGUAGUGGUAUUUAAUUAUUAUCUCUUUCAUAAAACUAACACAUAAGAUUGAGAUAAUAAGAUAGAAAGGAAGUAACAGUCAAGCAGUUCAAACGUUUCCAAUUCAAAUCAUUUUCGAACGUGCAAAGAUGUUAAAUUAAAACAAAACAAAAAAUGAAAUAUAAAAAAUAUUCGUAAUAAAUAUUCAUAGUUUCUCAAGAUGGGAAAAUUAGUGUCUGACGAAGUACACAAUACGAGUGGUAUUGUUAAUGAAGGUUUUCGAUUGGAAACUAUCGAAUUGGAGAAUGGAAAAAGUAAUGAUUCCAAUAUUCAGAAGAUUAAUAAUCUUACUGAUGAACAAGAUAAAAACACCAUAGAAAUUCAUGACACGAAUGAAGUGAAAAGACAAGCAUGGGGUGGUGGAUUAGAUUUUUUAAUGGCCUGCAUAGCCACAUCGGUUGGUCUUGGAAAUGUUUGGAGAUUUCCAUUCACAGCUUAUGAAAAUGGUGGUGGUGCAUUUUUAAUACCAUACAUUAUUGUUCUAUUGUUUAUUGGUAAACCAUUUUAUUAUUUGGAAGGAUUGUUGGGUCAAUUUACGAACAAAUCUUGUGCGAAGACAUGGGAAAUGACACCAGCCAUGAGAGGAUUAGGAUAUGGACAGGCUUUCGCAGCAUUCGCAGUUGUGUCGUAUUAUUCAAGCUUGAUGGCCUUGACUAUUUAUUACUUGAUAGCAAGUUUUCAAUCGGAAUUACCGUGGUCGUUUUGCCGUGAUGAAUGGAAAGGACAAUGUUUAGAUUCCAUUCUAAACGAUACGUCAAUCAAUAAUACUACCAUACGUCAAAGUUCAGCAGAAUUAUAUUUUAGAAAAAUCGUUUUGAAAGAAUACGAUUCAAUAGAAAAUGGUAUCGGUACACCGUCCUGGGAACUUGCAAUUUGUUUAUUGGUCAGUUGGUUUUGCAUAUUCGGUGUACUUUGUCGUGGUGUUAAAAGUACAGGAAAAGCUGUAUACUUUUUAGCAAUAUUUCCAUACAUUAUGAUGAUAAUAUUAAUGGGAAGAUCGGUAACUUUGGAUGGUGCAAUCGAUGGAAUAUUAUUUUUCGUAACACCAAAAUGGGAUAUGUUAUGGAACCCAAACGUUUGGUAUUCAGCUAUAACUCAAUGUUUCUUUUCAUUGUCUGUUUGCUUUGGACCAAUUUUGACUUAUUCCUCGUAUAAUAAUUUUGGUCAUGGUGUUAGCAGGGACGUAAUGAUAGUAACAACAUUGGACACAUUUACCAGUUUGAUGGCUGGUUGUACAAUAUUUGGAAUACUUGGAAAUUUAGCUCACGAAAUGGGUGUUAGUGAUAUAUCCAAAGUAGUUAAAGGUGGAACUGGUCUGGCAUUUAUCUCAUAUCCAGAAGCUUUGGCUAGAUUCGAUGUUGUUCCUCAACUUUUCGCAGUAUUUUUCUUCGUCAUGAUGUUUGUCCUUGGUACUGGAAGUGCUGUAGCACUUAACGGUGCCAUCGUUUGUAUAUUCUGCGAUCAUUUUCCAAAAGUUAGCCAAUGGAUCGUGGUUUUACUUAUCAGUAUCGUUGGUUUUCUCAUUGGUCUUAUUUACAUCACUCCAGGUGGUCAAUGGUUCGUAACUUUGGUCGAUUACUAUGGGGGAACAUUCGUUGCUAUUAUCAUCGGUGUCCUUGAAAUGAUUACGAUAUUUUGGAUUUAUGGUUUAUCCAAUUUUUUAAAUGAUAUUGAAUUUAUGAUAGGAACAAGGCCAAAUUUUUAUUGGAGGUUUUGUUGGUCAAUCAUCACACCGGUAUUAAUGAUUGUAAUACUGAUUUAUACAAUUGUUUCUUAUCAGCCACCGACGUACGAUGGUAUGCUUUUUCCAGAUUAUGCUUAUGGUAUCGGAUGGUUCCUUGUUUUCAUUGGUAUCGGUUUAAUGGUUGUUUGGUUCAUUUACAUAUUCAUGAAAAAUAUGUCAACGUCAAUUAUCGAAACAUUGAAAACAUCUUUAAGACCAUCGGAGACAAAGUGGGGACCGAACGAUCCUGCUACGAGAAGAAAAUGGCAGGAUUUCAUUUACGAAAAAAAAUGUCGACCUCCUAAAUCGAUAAUCGAAAUUUAUUUUAGAUAAUAUUAUAUGUAUUUAUGAUUUAAAUUUAGAUAUGAUUAAGAUACGUUUGUAUGUGAAUAUUAAAAUUAUUCAUUAUAUAUAUUCUAACUUUACUCAUAUUGAGUUUAAAUCAGUUUGUACAUAGGUAUGGCAUCGAGAAGAAAUUUUUACGGUUGAGAGAUGAACAUAAUUGGAAAUGUAAAUGAUGAAAAAGAUGAUUAUCCAGUUAAAUUGUCAGAAUAUACAAGAAAAUGAUUGUACAUGCAAUUUAUUUUUAAUGAUUAUUACAUAAGUAUCAUCAUUUAGU